ACCACCUUGUCUGUAACUAUAUGAAUUCCCCCAGUGUAAUAUGUGGAACUGUCCCAAAUGUACCUCAGCCCACUCACCACGCAGAGGGGAGGAUCUGUUUCUGUGACAGUGAGUUUCUCUGAACCAGUGAAGAGGCUGUCCAACCGGACAUUCUGGUGCCUUCCAGUCCCUUAGUUGUUUGCGUGCCUUCAGCUGCUGCUUCAAUUUCUGCCUGACAGGCUGAGCAGGGCGAGCGGCGGAGGGCACGUUGGACAGCUGCGGACACAGAGCGCCUCUUCGCCCUGGCUUCAGACAGCGGGGCUCUCCACUGAUGUGGCUGGGAGACGUGUUAUAGUGAACGAGAGACUGAGGAGCUCUGCAAGGUGAAUGACCGCUGGACGGACACUGUGGAGACCCUGUGGUGUGACACUUGACAUGGACUGAGAGCGUAACAAAAGUUAAAACCAUGUUUUCCAGUGAGGUGCAAAACAUCAACAGGAUUUCUCCCCUUGAAGCAGGCAAUUAUAGUCAAAGCAGAACCUUGCACAACAACGAAAUGUUGAACACCAUUCGAAGAAGUGCCAGUUUCCUCAAAAGAGGGGAAAAUUCUGCCAAAUUAAUCUACGAGGAACAGGACCACUUCAGAAAAUGGAUUCAGGAAAACGUCAGCAAAAAGUGUUGUACUCACUUUGUGGAGAGCGAGAGCACAGCAAAAGCCAUGGGGCCAGUGUGUGAAUGUGGAUACCCCAGGUCCUGUCACAGUGAGGAAGCCCUUCAAGCUGGCCGCCUACAGAAUGAGAAAUGGAGCAACACAAAGCAUCUCCAACAGCUUCCAACUGAUGCGUUUGGAGACAUUGCAUUUGAAGGGCAAGGACAGAAGAGUGGAAAGUACGUUCGAGUUUCAAAUAACACUGCACCAGUGACAUUAUACCAGCUGAUGACCAAGUACUGGGGACUAAAUCCUCCACGCCUUCUCAUUUCUGUCACUGGAGGUGCAAAGAACUUUCAUCUGAAGCCAGACCUGAAAUUCAUGUUUCGUAGAGGCCUCAUCAAAGUCGCGCAAUCAACAGGUGCAUGGAUUAUCACCGGGGGUUCCUUUGCUGGUGUGAUGAAGUACGUUGGAGAGGCUGUGCGGCACUGUAACAUGACCAGCAACUACAAGGAAAAGCAGAUUGUUGCAAUUGGCAUAGCCAGCUGGGGUAUCGUGCACAACCGUGACAGCCUGGUUGAUGUACAGGGCAAGUUUCCUGCAACAUAUUACAUAGAUGAAGCAAAUCAGGGCAAGUUAUCCUGUUUGGAUCACAACCACACCCAUUUUAUCCUGGUGGACGAUGGGACCCAUGGACACUAUGGUGUGGAGAUUUCCCUGAGAACCCAGUUAGAAAAGUACAUCUCAAAGCAGCGAAUGGGCACUGAAGAUGCUGGACUUGAGAUCCCAAUUGUAUGUGUUGCCCUCGAAGGUGGUCCUGGAACAUUGAAUACAAUACACAGUGCAAUGGGCAACGGGACUCCUUGUGUCAUUGUGGAGGGUUCAGGCCGAGUGGCUGAUGUGCUGGCUGGUGCGGCAGACUUACCCAUGGCUCAGAUUACCAUCUCCUUCAUUCAGAAACAACUGCGCACAUUCUUCGCUGAUUGCUACAGCAUGUUCUCUGAACGAGAUAUAAUAUUAUGGACCAAAAAGAUCCAAGAUAUCAUCAGGAUGCGGGAACUUCUGACUGUUUUCCGAGCAAACACAUCAGGGAAUGACGAUUUGGAUGUUGCCAUUCUUCAGGCUUUACUGAAAGCUUCCAGCUCCAGUGGGCAUCAAUGGCAAGAGAACCUGGAUCACCAACUGCAACUAGCUGUAGCAUGGAACAGACUGGACAUUGCCAAGAGCCACAUCUUUACUGAUGAUAAACAGUGGAAGUCCUCCCACCUCCACCAAGCCACGUUUGCUGCUCUUGUUGGAAAUAAACCUGGGUUUGUUGAACUCUUCUUGGAAAACGGAGUGAACUUGAGCGAAUUUCUCUCACCAAGAAUGCUUGUCCGACUUUACAACAAUAUCCCACAUUAUACUCCUUUGUAUAAGAAACUACGCAAAGUGGUGGACGGUGAGAAGCAGCCACAGAUCAGUGAUAAACUGGAGAAAAAGAGAAAUGUCCUCCUUCACCACAUCUCUGUCGUCCUGCAGGAGCUGCUUGGUGAAUUCAUGGAGCCACUCUAUAAGCAACCAAAUAUCUCUUUUAGGAAAUCAUUUAACAUGACCAGCAUUAACCGUCAGCCAGAUGAGCUCUACGAGGGAACGCUUGAAGAUCCAGAGCGGGACCUCUUUAUCUGGGCAAUAUUAUUGAAACGCAAGAAUCUGGCUUCUAUUUUCUGGGUGCAGGGGAUGGACAGUAUUGCUGCCUCACUGGUUGCCUGUAAGAUCCUGAAGAAGAUAUCCUCGGAUGAGAAUGACACAGACCUGUAUGAGGAGAUGGAGGAGCUGGCCCAGGAAUAUGAGGAUCAAGCCGUUGGGCUCUUCACCGAAUGUUACAGAAAGCACGCCAAACGUGCACAGAAGCUGCUGGUUCGGGUUUCUUCUACCUGGGGGAACACCACAUGCUUACGCCUGGCGUUGGAGGCUGACAGCAAGAGGUUCAUGGCACAUGGAGGUGUUCAGGACUUGCUGACCAAAAUCUGGUGGGGGGAGCUCUCUGUGGACACACAUACUUGGCAGGUGCUUCUCUGCUUGAUACUCUGGCCUGUCAUCUACUCGAAGCUCAUCACUUUCAGGCAAGAUGAACUAAGGAAAAAGGCACGGUUAACCAAGGCUGAACUGAAUGUUAAAGUUGAAUCUCCACGCAGCAGACCACAAUCCCUGUUCCUCAAUGAGCAGGAUGUGAAGCCUCUGUCCUGUUGGCAGCAGUUUAGAGCAUUCUUCACGGCUCCAGUGGUGGUCUUUUACUGGAAUGUACUGGCUUAUUUUGGCUUCCUCUGGCUCUUCUCCUACGUUCUGCUGAUUGAUUUCCAGAUCCAGCCUUCCGGGAGGGAGUACUUUCUCUACGCCUGGCUUUCAACCCUGGUGUGUGAAGAAUUGCGACAGUUCCUCUAUGAUCCAGGUAGUUUUGGGUUCCGAAAGAAAGCGCUCUUGUAUAUCAACAGCACGUGGAAUCAGAUGGAUGUGGCUGCCAUUUUGAUCUUUGCAGUGGGACUCAUUUGCAGGUUGUUUCCUGCAACAUUCUACCACGGAAGGAUCAUUUUGGCCUUGGACUUCAUCAUUUACUGUCUGAGGUUGAUGCACAUCUUCACUGUCAGUAAAACACUUGGGCCAAAGAUUAUCAUGUUGGAGAUGAUGAUAAAGGACAUCUUCUUCUUUCUGUUCCUGCUGGCGGUGACGAUAGUGGCCUAUGGUGUAGCUAAUCACGCCAUCCUUAUUCACAAUGAGAAACGGCUAAACUGGAUAUUCCAAGGGGUUGUCUACAAGCCUUACUUGAUGCUCUUUGGAGAUAUCCCAAAUGACAUCAGCUAUUCAGGCUUUGACCUCAGUCAAUGCAGCGUGAAUGGCACUGACCCCUACCAGCCAAAGUGUGUUGAACAUAACAGCAUGGACGAACCCAUCUUCCCCGAGUGGCUGACCAUCAUCCUGCUCUGUCUCUACCUGCUCUUCACCAACAUCCUGCUGCUCAACCUGCUGAUUGCAAUGUUCAACUAUACCUUUCAACUAAUCCAAGAAAAUACAGAUAAGAUCUGGAAGUUCCAGAGGUACUCGCUGAUCGAGGAGUACUACACCCGUCCACCAGCACCUCCUCCCUUUAUCAUUUUUAGUCACUUAUUCGUCUUAAUUGAGUGUGCAACCUGCAGGAAAUCAAAACAGAAGCACAAGAAGUUCAAAAAACAACUGGAUGAGAAAGAGGAAGCUGAGAUUUUAACAUGGGAGGCUAUAAUUAAAGAGAAUUACCUCGUCAAGCAAAAACAGAGCCAGAGCCAGAGUCUAAAUGAGCAGGUCAUGUGCACCUUGGAAAAGGUGGAGAUGAUUGCGGAGGUGCUGGAUGUGAACAGAGAGAGCAACAAAUUUGAUGCAGUGGAAAAGAACAUCAAUCACCUGAAGGCACAGAUGCUGCAGAGUAUGCGGGCCUUAAACUGGAUCAUGAACGCUCUGAUGAACAAGGAUUUUGGGCCUCGGGACAGUGCACCAGCACUUGUAAUUUCUGAUGGUAGAAACAGAGAGGAAGAAGCUGCUGGUGAAGAGAGGGAUUUGAAGCCCCUGUACCACAUUAAAGCCCGCAGCUUGAUCUAUCCGGACAGCAACAUUGAACGCUUCCCUGUGCCUGAUGAGAUGGUCCCUUGGCAGGUUAAAUUUGCUGAGUACAAGCCGCCUUCUUACACAGCAAAAGCACCAGAUGGCAAUUGGCCAACAAGCAAACCUCAUCUAAAAGAAAGCUCCCAGGACAGUGGACUGGAUGACAACUCUGAUCCCAUUGACGUAUCUUUCCUGAAUCCAGUGGGAAGGACUGGGUUGACUGGAAGAGGGAGUCUGCUCUGUUUUGGACCUAACUUUGCAAUGGAUCCCAUCAUAACUCGCUUUAAGAGGAACUCAGAUAAUUCAGUGGCAAUGAAAGGUUCCAAGAAUGUAUUGGAGUUUCUUGUCGUUCAAUAUCCAGGCGAAGACUGGGCCCUACCUGCGGGUGUUCUCAAUCCUGGAGAGACAUUCCCAAAGAAUCUGAAGCUCAUUUUAAACACAAAGAUGCUGAGCACAUUGCAGAACCUACUGAAGGAAGCUUUCAAGGUUUACAUUGGAUAUGUGGAUGACCCAAGGAACACAGAUAAUGCAUGGAUCGAAACUCAAGUCCUCAACUUUCAUCUGAAUCAAGACAAUCCACUCACAAAUGCUCUCACAAGUCGAGGUGGGUCGGGAGCCAGCAGAGAGAUAAAGCUGCCCCUCCUGCAGGAUGGCUCGAUGAAGGAGGUCAGGGCAAAGUGGCAGGUUGUGGAGCAGGGGGUGCCGGUGUGCAUGCUCUACAAGGACUACCUCCAGACUGUGGCAGAGAUCCAUACUGCCCACUUCUGAGUCAUGUCGUGUUCCAGGAAGGCCAGUUCCAAGAACAUCUGAGCGUGGGGACUUGUUGAAUAUUACCAAAGAAGGACAUGUGGAAGUGAAUCUUGAAGCUUUGCACUCAGCAUCUGCUACUGUAAGAAAGAUUACCCAAUGUAAAGGGUCCUCUUGUGAAAUGGCACUGAACAAGCUGUUCCAUACUCCAACUCUCACUGUAGGGAGGACAACAGCAUGUAAUCAUUAGCCCCUCUGUUUCCCAAAUCUUCGCAGUAUUAAGGGAAGUUAUAAUUGGCUGCAAUAUUGCACGAUGAAUCUUUGCACACUGAUUGAUGUAAACAAAACCCAAUAGCUGACCUGAAAAAUCAAAACAAAAACUGCAGCUGCUGGAAAUCUGAAACAGGAACAGAGAAAUCUCAGAGAAACUGGGUUAACACUUCAGGUUGGAAACCCUACAUCAGGUCUCGAAGGGUCCCUUCCCAGCGAUGUGGCCUGACCUGUUGUGUAUUUCCAACAUUUUCUGUUUCUGCUAGCUGGACCAACAGAUGGCAGUCUGAAACUGAUUAAACUAAUGCUUAAUGCAGCUUGAGAACAGGUGAUUCUAAAAUACCUUAACGAACAGAUUAAUGGGUGAUUAUAAAAGCUCACUGACAAGUAAUUAUAAAAGGAUUUUAAUGGUAAACUGACAGUUGAUUGUGAAAGACAUUUAAUGGUAAACAGUGACAGGUAGUUGUAGAAGGAUCUUAAUAGUAAAUGUUGCCAAGUGAUUAUAAAAGAUUUUUGAUGGUAAAUGUUGAGGUGUUUAAUAUUCAUUGUAAUGGAAAAUCUAUCAGUUCCCAAAUCUGUAAUUUUUGCUGUUCUGAAAAUUGGAAUUGGUUAAUAAUCAAACCAAAUGUUUGAAAAUUUUUGAAGAAUCAAAGUAAACUUCCAGUCUGAGAAUGUUGCUGUUUGAUGCUUCCUGGCCCAAAAUCGGGGCAGAUAUGCAUGUGAUGGUGUUGUGUAAAAAGGUUCUUUCAGAUCUUAAAGAUGGAGGACUCUGGACACAGUCUUUGGAUUUUAAAAAUAGUUUAAUCACAAAGGCAAACACAGGGACUAAAUGAAUGGGAACGGAUGCACACUCGCACACACACACACGCAGGAGAUCGCAAAUGUGAGGGGAAUCACAACGAGGAUGAGAUACACAC